AUGAAAUUUUCACUCUGCAUUGGACGUCCUCGUCAGCUCAAAAUAUUUAGACUCGCAUUAAUAAAACUGGGAAAAGCUUUUGACCACAUGCUAAAAGACAAGGAAAGGUUUGGCCUCCGUCAGAAUAGCGGAACUGUUAAAAUUACCAAUUACAAAAUACCAUGCGCUGUGUUCGAGAAUCGAACUGGCAAUCGAUGUCAGUGGCACGGGUCGCCUCACGGAUGGUUUCUGUGCUGGGUGCAGGGCUCGGACAGCACGAGCCCGGUGCGGCAGGCGCCGUCGCCGCCGGGCUGCCCCGGCUCGGGGUCGGGCGCGGGCUCCCCGCUGCAGGUGACGCCGGUGCUGCUGGAGGCGCAGGUCGCCAGGCUGGCAGAGGCCGCCGACGCGCUGGUGCGCAGCCUGCCGCACCUCGAGCCGCGCCACCACAACCCCAAGAAGAAGGUCUGCAAGGACCUCGAGCAUGUGCUCAGCAUGGCGGAGGAUGACCCAAGGAGGAUGGAAGAGAUCAGGAAAUACGCAGCCAUAUAUGGCCGCUUUGACUGCAAGCGCAAGCCUGAGAAGCCUCUAACACUACAUGAGGUGUCAGUGAAUGAGGCAGCAGCACAGAUCUGCAGGUACAUGCCAGCACUGCUCACCAGGAGGGAUGAGCUGUUCCCUCUGGCACGACAAGUUGUACGUGACUCUGGCUACCACUACAGCAAGGGUCACUCCAACCUGUCUGCUUGUUUGCGUCCACAUUCUGGUAGAACCAGCAAUGGGGAUGAGAACCACAGCAGCAAGAGACCUCGUUUAUCACCUUCACCUGCAGAUCUCUCUGACCAUGAUUCACAGGGCAGGCUUCGACGACAGGAGAGGUUGGAGCAAAUAGCAGAUGAAUUAAGAAGUUUGGCAGAGCGUUCAGAAGAACUUGUUGCUGCUGCACAGCAAGUGCGUGAUACAGGAUCAGAAGAUCAUGUUGCUUUGCGCUCACUGCAGCAACAACUAGAAUUAGUACAGAGCAGACAAACCCAGUUAUUAGCUGAGCAGGGGGAGCUCAGUGCACGGCUUCAACACAACACAUUCAGGUCUUUUAGAUCAAGAAGUGGGAAAGGAUCAUCCUGUUUUGAUUCUGAACGUCCUGACACUGAUGACACCGAUUCUCAGUUUUCCUUCAGCAAUGUUAGUUCGCCAUCACAAGAGGUGAGUGACUCCAGAGACUCAUCCGUUCGUGAAAUUGAAGGAACAGGAGGAACAGAAAUUAAAACAGAAAAGAAUCCAUGUAAGAUUUCCAAGCAGAUGGUAAAUGAAACAUUAAUGGAUGAGGGUUUGCGAGUUGUCAAGGAGAUGGUUGCUAAUCAAAAUAAGGAAAGUGUAAAUACACAGUCAACCAAUUUUGAAGAUCCUUAUCAGGAAAGCAAAGUGCAAGUGAUAGCAUCCAGUGGAGGAAAUAUAAUAGCAGUUGCGAACCCUGCACUUUCCAUGUCUCCAGCCAUUGCUGCUGAUGCCGCUGAGGGGGCAUUACUUCGUGGACCACUCAUCCCUUUGCUAACACAAGAACAUCAAUCUGCAAUAUCAACUGUAACACCGGAAAAAAUCACAUGAUGUGUGUGCCCUGUGUCAUUUUCUAUAGAUCUCAAAGUCUUAUAGUGAAUGUAUAAUGUCACUAUUGUACUUCAGUAAUAUUGUAUAAAAGAGGACUUGUUAUUGAAAAAUAUCUUCUAUGUGCUAUAAAAACAUUUUGAAGUGUUUUAAUGAAAAUGGUGCUUUCAUUACUAAAUAUGGUGGCUUCAUCUGUUCCUGGAAUCUUUGCUUGAUGAAAAUUUAUGAAGAUGUAUGUUAAAAUAGUCAAUCCCAACAACAAAUACACUGACUUUGAUCAUAAGAUUAAUUCACGAACUGCUCAAAUGCUUUCUUCUUGUACUGUUUGCUGAUAAAACAGAAUAAUAUGGUUCCUGUUUACCAUGUGUUCAUAAAACAAAGUAGACUAUACUGGCCCUGUCUGAAGAAUAUUCAUGUUGAAAUUGACUGUUCUCAAAAGGUUCACACGUUUUUGUAAUAGUAACUGUUUAGUAGUAUUGUGUUCAAUCAUUUUGAUGUAAGUGCAGUUUUUACUUUUUUCCAUGUAUUCAUUUUGUUAAUAACUGUGUUGGUUAUGUGAACAAUUUUAAGAACCAUCAGUGCAUUGUUCACUGGCCAGAAAAACCAGUUUUGUGUGCUGGCAGUUAUAAACACAACCACUGCAAACAUACAAUCCAAAACUAAUUCAUAUUUAUUCUUUUUUAUAAUGAACGCAAACAGGACAUGAAACUGUAUAUCAGUAAC